UAUAACUAGGAUUCUUAAUAAAUAAACAAAUUUGCGCAUGCUUAAUAAUUCCAAUUUUCAAUAAUGAAAUUUAAUAGUUUUAUUUAUAGAUAUAAAUUUUUAUUUUAUCACAUAUUGUUAAUUUAAUAAAAAUAAAUAAAUAUUUCUCAUAUUUUCUGUGAUAAAAUCCUUGUGAUUGCUAUAUUUUAUCUAAUAAUGGCUGAAGAAAGUGUAUUUUUAUGCUACGUUCGCCACAUUUUCAAAAAUUGGGUUGGAUUUCAAACAGCUAUUGAUGCUGGAAUGGGUGGACCUUAUGCAAAAGAAAAGGAAGUGUGGCUUGGAGUUCAAGUAGAGAACUACUUUAAACAAUAUGAAAAUGUUAAACCUGCGGAAAUAGAAGAAUAUCUUGGUGAAAUGCUGGAAAAUGAAUUUGAUACCUACUUUGAGGAUGGUAGUCUAGCAGAGGUGUCUAGUAAAUUUUGCUGUGCUUAUGGGUUAUCUUUAAGCAAUCCAAAUGAUGAAAUAUUUCGUGAAAUGAGAGAAGUAAAAGUGUCAUCUAGUCGAACAAGAAAAAUUUCUAAAUCUGAAGAGUGUGAAAAAAUGGUCUCGUCAGUUUGUUCUGUCACUAACGAAAUAGAAAAUUUAUCUAUGAAUGAAGAAGAUGAUGGUUGGACUACUGUUUCACAUAAAAGGCAUAAAUAGAUGUUUAUACGUCAAUCUUUCAAUUUAAAAGAUUUAUGUUGAAUUUACAAAUAUUAGGAAAAAAAUAAUAAUAUUGACUAUGCCAUGAUAUUUCUUUUUCUGUUUAUGUUUCAAAAUAAUUAUUCAUAUCAUUUAUUUGUACCCAUAAAUCUUUAUUUAUAUCCACAAAUCAUCUUCUUUUAAACUAAAAUUAUCUAAACAUCUUUCUUUUAAUAUUUUGUUUCAUUUAAGUCAAUGCUACCUUUGUAAAAUAUAAAGGUAAUGUUUUUUAGAAUUGCCAAUAAUAUAUGUUAAGAUGUAUUUUUAAAUUAUGUGGUUGGACUUGAAGUGGGGCGAUCGUUAAAAAAAAUUGUGCAUUGUAAUUCUGUGUUAGGUAGGGUUUUCAAUAAAAAUUAUUUUUACAUUCUAUAUCUACAAUUUUUUUUCUUCGGAAUUUGGGGGUACAUGUGGUAUGUAGGAGUUGUGAAAAAAAAAUUAAUCAAUAAUUGUAUGUUUGGUGCGAUUGUAAAUUUUUCAGCUGCCUAUAGCUGAUUCAAGGUGUUAACGUUCAUUUAGAAACACAGUUCGCACAAUUCUGUGGAUAUUAUUUUCAACAUUAAGUUAGAUGGAGCGUGUAAUGUCUCUCUAACCAAAAAAGUUUCACUACAGUCACAGGAAAUAAGGAAUAUUUCAAAGAAAAGAGCUUUUGCUAUUUACUCUCAGGUUUGAUGCGAAUCUUGUCUGGAAUGUUUACACCCCUUCAUGAAUUAGUUUUAUCUAGAAACAAUAGUCUUCAACGGUGCUCUAGACGACUAACAAGAGGAAUGUUUUUAUUUAUUUAUUGUUAUUUUUAAAUAGAUACUGAUUUACUCUAGUACAUAAGUAACGUUCACCUUUGUAAUAUCAUUCUUGCUCUUGUGCUAAUCAUUAUACUUAGCUUUCAACUCUAUCUAUAACUUAAAAUGUUUUUUUUUUUAAAUUUUUAACUAAUAUUGCUUUAUUUUCCCCCUAUAAAUAUAAUUUUUAUUUUUUUUCCUCUCAAUUCAUUAAUCCAAAUCUAUCUGGCAUAAACUUAUUAAAUAUGUCUGGUGUUCAUGUCUCCCACCUGAAUAGCUUCCAUUUUUGAAAAUUUAUGCAAAUAAUUGUGCUGCAUAAUGUUUUUCUUUCAUAAUAUUAUUGUAAAAAAAAUGAAAUAAUUAGAAAUUUAUGUACAUUUACUUACAAUUUUAAAUGAAAAUAUUUGCAUUAAAUAUGUAUUGAUAUGAAUAAACAUAGAUACAUAUUUUAUAGUUAUUCACAUUUUCAUUUCUUGCAUUCUUAAUUUAGGUGAGCAACAAUCAAUAUUCAUGCCAUUGUAAAAAGCGUAAGCAUAAAGCGUAAUAUUUUUCUUGAGUAUCAUUAUUAUAAAAAAUUUUCUACAUAAUAUCAAUGUAUAGAAAUUCAUGUAAAUUUAUACAGAACUUUAAAUAUGUAAGCCCAAAUUUAAUAAAUAUUGUUUUGGAUUUUA